GGUUGGACAGAGCUGGAAGACAUCCAGUGCUACAGUGCUCAUUUCAAAGUCGAGUUUAGUAGUUUAUUAUCGAAGCAUACAGUUCAAGAUUAUUUCAAAAUAAACUUAGCAAAAGUAAUUCCAAGCACACAAACCAAAAAGAAAAACGUUUAUUACUGUCUGCAAACGCAUUGUAUGAUAAUUGUUCACAAUGAUUGAAAACAUCAUAAUCGCUGUUACGGUGGUGGUGCCAGCAUUGGUAAUAUUCGGUCUUCUCAUCAGGCAUCUUGUCAUCAAUUUAUGCGGAAACCGAAGAAAACUGCGGAUGAAAUCGACUCCACUGAACGAAACAACCUCAGUUGACGGGAUCAGAAGCAGCGUCACGGUGCCGUAUUCAACUCCUAUGGGAUCAAGCGUAGCUCCUCCAGGAUGGAAUAUUUCUAACACAACGCCAGUCACGGAAAUUACUUGGCACGAGUCUACAGAAAUGCUCGAGAUCACUGCCAGGGAAAAGAUUAAAUCGAAAACUGAACGAGCAGCUUUCUCGCUGCAGCAAGCAGAAUUAGAGGAUCACCCUAUGAAGAAAUGUGCUCUACUUGAGGUAGCGAAAGGAAGUUUGUUGGAUGCAGAAUGUGCUAGCAUUAAUCUCAAGGUGCUUAAGUGUAUGAAAGCUAAAGCCGCAAGCCGAUCAGUAGAUAUUCUAUCCGAACAUCCUGGUGAAGUCAGAAUCCCAAUGAACGAUUUAGCAGGAGGAGUUCCACUGAAGACCAUGGCCGCCGCUUACGCCAAUCCAAUGAUCGCUAACUACCAGGACAUGGCAGCACAUGCCAUGCAGCGACCAUUCAAUGCAUCAAUGGGGACGCUGGCUCCUCAAAUACCCCAAGGGAACACAAUUCAUCAGCAGCCUCAGUAUUCCGCUCUGCCUCACGUUCCUUUGAGCAUGCAUCCUGGGGCUCAGCCACUACAAGGAGGCAUUCAGCCUGGCCCGAUGAUGCUAGCCAACGAUGCCUUCCAGAACCAGGCUUAUGGCGUAAUACCUUCGCAUCCAAUUGCGCCACAGCUCCAUGGUGCAAUGCCAAGCGGAUUUCCUUCAAACAUUCUACCACAAAACACGAAUCCCAUGUUUGAAGGCGUUCAAAAGUACGAAAAUUUUAACCGCCUUGGAGCUAUUGUGAGUACGCAUCAAUCCAAUUCGAACUCGAAUCCAGUUCCAAUAGGAAGCCAUUCGGCAAAAAGAAAUCACAUCUCCAAAUCUGAUGUAGAUUGUACUCAAAUUGAAAGUUCAAUGUAUUUAGGUAAUUAUGAUAAGAAAAUGAACAAUAAAGAUCUUCAGAAACCAGGUGAAUCGAGUGAAUCCAAAGAUAGGACUCAAGUUGCAGCGUCUGUGGCUGCCAAUGAAGUUCAGAUAAAAUCGGCAUCAGUAUCGCCUGUUUCUCUAGUGAAUCACGAUAGCGGAAAUUCUUCAAGAACUUUUUCUGGAAGCUCGGAUGAAGAGAGUUCCGAAAGUGAACUAUCAGAACUUGCUGGUUCGUACAAAGUGGUAGACAACACUGAUAGAGGAGAAAGUAGCAUAUCAGCUUCUGAAACGAGCGAAAUCGCAGCUGUAAUGUCUCAGAGGAACGACUCAACCUCAUCGAAAGACACCUCGAAAGAAAUGCCAAGAACUGAUAUUACGAAUGCUGUUCUCAGAACUACGGCACAUGAACAAUUACCGACAGCAUCAUCACUUACAGAAGACGAAUCAGAAAAUCAACCUAUCAAUUCCGCUUCAAUGAGGAAAGUUGAAGUGGAAUCGAGUGUUAUUCCAACGAUCGAUAUAAGUCGUUGUAGCUCAAAAUCAAGUGCACAGAGCCAAAGAGAAGUAAUGAACACAUCCAAAUUGUCUAGUUCAACUGCAGGCACAAAGCGGUACUCUAAAAAGACAAUCGUAAAAGGCAAGGAUAAAUCAGUAAACAACUCCUUUUCUUCUACAGCAUCGGACGAUCUUUUCCAAAACCAAGAUAACCUCUUAUCCAUCACCCCUACAUUUGUCCGUUCAUGCAAUAGACAGCCAGCUAUCGGCUUAAACUCCAUCGAUUGCUACACCCAUAGCAGCUCUGCUGGCGUAAUUUCAGAUAUAUCUUCAUAUAAUCGUAUUUUGAACACAACCAUUUUUACGCAAUCCAAUGCCAUCUUUAACUUGGCAAGAAUUGCUCCAGUCAGUGCACCAAAAGUGAAGAUAAUUGAAAUAGAUGAGAGUACAAAUGCAGAGCAAAUGCUUAAUUCUUCUAAUAGUGAUAGCGUUCCAAAGCUGUGAAGUCCACUGGAUGGCGUGUGCCAAUAAUUUUUCAAAUUGAUUUCACUCGUCAAUUGCAAUGAACAAUACCAUGUAUAAAUUGUAAAAAAGUUCCCUAAACAUCAACUCAAAUUGUAGAAUGUCAUAACAUCAAGUAUCAGUAAAGUAUCAAGUAUCAGUUCUAUCAAAAUUACAGCGAUCUUAUGAAAAAUAUGUUUAGAUUUAUCAUCUAGUGUCUCAGAAAUUGCAAAAAUUACUUGAGCAAUGUAUACGAUAGGAUAUAAUGUUGCUUAGUUUUAAU